AUGCGGAUCCAGCCGGAGCAUAUCUCGUUCAACCUUCCUGCGGCAGUCACAGACAUCUAUGGGUUUGCAACGAAGAUCCAAAAGGAUCCCUUCUACGACACAUUCACAAGCAGUGAUUAUACUUCGAUCGUCGGCACACGGUCUAGAGAAGAACAUGCUCGGAAGCGAAAAUAUGUCUCGAACGCGUUUGCGCAGAAGAAUAUCGUAGACAUGGAGCCAAUCAUUCAACAGCAAGUGGCGAUAUUUCUGGCCAAGAUGGACUCUUUCUGCAGCCCAUCACCCUCAGAUAAUAAAGGUGGUCCGGGUGAUGGGACGAUUUACAACGUUCGGAGGUGGCUCAAUCUGUUCAUCUUCGACGUGAUCGGCGCUGCUGCGUUUGGCAAGUCGAUGGGCUUCCUCGAGCAGGGUGACGACCUAGCGCCUGCGGAGACCUGGGACGGCAGGAAAUAUCACAUGCACGCCAUGCGCUCCUUUCAUAUGAACAGUCAAUACGAUGUGAUUCUGGCCCAUUGGCCGAAGCUUCUCUGGCUUACGAAAGGUUUGACACAAUGGCACCCUGGCAACAGAGGCGGAGCAGACUUCUCCGCUCUCACAAUUCUCAGGGUUCGGGAAAGGAAAGAAAGCGGAAAGCCGGCAGGAUACACCGACUUCUUCCAUUAUCUCUUGCAAGACCGGAACGGGGAGGAUGUCGGACUGUCCAUGUUCGAGCUGGAGAAAGAGGCCGGCGUCAUGAUCAAUGCGGGUUCGGAUACCACAGCCACAGCGAUGACCCACUGUCUCUACUACCUUAUCCGCAAUCCUCCCGUUUUGAAGAAAUUGCGCGAGGAGCUGGAUGCGGUCCUUGGCGGUCAGGCCACAGCUGCCCGAUACGAACAAGUCAAGGAUUUGAAAUAUCUGCGUGCGUGUCUGGAUGAGGCCAUGCGACUGCGACCACCGACAUCACUAGGGCUACCACGGAUCACGCCACCAGAAGGUGCGACCAUCGCAGGGUAUCACAUUGCCGGUAACAUCACGAUCUCGGUGCCGACAUACACACUGCACCGUAAUCCAGAGCUCUUCUCCGACCCGGAGACGUACAGACCUGAGCGGUGGUUAGAUGAAGUGGAAGGUCCCAAAUGCCGGACAUAUGUGCUGCCAUUCAGCACCGGACCGAGGGCCUGCAUUGGACGCAACUUGGCAUACCUGGAGCAGCAAAUCCUGAUCGCGACACUGGUCCAUCGUUACGAUUGGUGCUUUAAGAGCGAUGACUUUGAGCUGAGUACGAUCGAGCGAUUCAAUGCCAACCCAGCGGAUAUGUGGGUGAAACAGUGGAGAAGGGAGCCAAAUGUGCAGGCGUAA